UUUCUAUCGCCUACUUUCCUACAAUAACAAUUUCAAUUCUUGACGCAUCUGCACCUACGCCCACAACAGCACAAGCUCCAAAUAAUAUUCUUCCUAAUAAAGUAACUUCUACAUCAAUUCAUUAG